AGAAAAGAAAGAACAAAGGGAAGAUGCUUCCGGAUGCUGUCCUCGUUGUCUUCUUCCGGUUCCUUCACCCGCGAUAAGCAACGCCUGCGUAUGUGGCUCCGAAUUUGUCCUCCCGCAUCACAGGCUCGCAGGCCUCACAGUCCCAAGUCCCACUCGGCGCUUUGCUGUUUCUGCGUGCACUCGCAGGCUCGCAGCUCCUGCCUCUUCUCUCUGCGCAGGUAGCUGCAGAAAUUCUCAUCUCUUGGACGCAACCGGAAGCGAAUAUCAAAUGUCGACCACAAAAAUAACACCUACAGCCUCUGUCCUCUCUUCGACGAUAAAAACCCUGGGCUUCCCAAGCUACACCAUCUUACCCAACAACUUCAAGCAGCGCUAUGGUUGCUUCCAAAGAAGACUGUGCAUAAUGGCAAAGUCAUCCGCUUUGAAUCCUCUAGAAGUCUGCGCCAAGGCUUCUGUAACCAUUCCUAACAAGUUGGGUGACUGUCCCUUUUGUCAGAGGGUACUACUGACCAUGGAGGAAAAACAUCUUCCUUAUGACCUCAAAUUGGUAGAUUUCGGUAACAAACCAGAAUGGUUUUUGAAAAUCAAUCCAGAAGGUAAAGUUCCAGUGGUGAAACUUGAUGAGAAAUGGGUUGCAGAUUCAGAUGUCAUCACACAAUCCCUGGAAGAAAAGUACCCUGAUCCUCCAUUGAUAACCCCAGCUGAGAAGGCUUCAAUUGGGUCGAAAAUUUUGUCAACAUUUAUUGGUUUUCUCAAGAGCAAAGAUUCCACUGAUGGCACCGAGCAGGCACUCCUUAAUGAGCUCAGUUCUAUCAAUGACCAUAUCAAAGAAAAUGGCCCUUUUAUCAAUGGGAAGGAGAUCUCUGCAGCAGACUUGUCCUUAGGGCCGAAGCUAUACCACAUGGAGAUUGCUUUGGGUCAUUAUAAGAAUUGGUCGGUGCCGGACUCUCUACCUUAUGUGAAGUCUUACAUGCUGGUAACCAAAAUCGGUCUUCCGCUAAGUGUCUUCUCAAGAGAUUCAUUCGUCAAAACACGGGCGCUCAAGGAGGAUGUUGUAGCAGGAUGGCGUCCGAAAGUUAUGGGUUAAACAUAUCUCCCAGCACUUUAUGCCAUUGCUGGUGAUUUCGCAUGUGUACAUCCCUUACCCUAGUAGGCUUUGCAAAACUACAUCGAUCGACAUGCACUGAUUUGUCGUGCUUUUUGCUGGUGGAGUUAAUUGGUAGAAUCGGCAAUGCUUCUCUCUUACUUUUUGAUGUAUUGUCAAGGCGAUGGACUUGUAGUUCAUCGGUGACUCUUUUAGCCAGAGUUCACUGAUUUGGCAUAACAAGCAUUGUAUCAUAUGAGGCUUAAGGUGUUGAGCCUGCUUCUGGUGCAGCGCUUGAUUGGUUAGUUCCUCGUGAUAUUCGAGUGUUAUCAUGUGAAUCAGGCUCUAUCGUAUUUGUGAA